AUGAGGGACUUUCUCGACAACCAACCAGCGCGACGAGACAACGAGACAGACGAAGUCUUUGCCAGUUUCCAAGGAUUCGAAGAAGCCAUUACGAAGGUAUUCGGAACAACCGACGAGGAACGAGAGGCCGAACAGAAACUUCGAGAACUCCGACAAAGGAUCUCAGCAUCGGAUUAUGCUGCGAAGUUCCGUCAAGUCACCUCAAAGCUUGAUUGGGACGACGAACCUCUUAUGUCACGAUUCUACGACGGGCUGAAAGAAGAAGUCAAGGACGAGCUCUACAAGGAAAAUCGACCUGACAACCUCUCGGACUACAUUGCUAUGGCAGUACGAAUCGACGACAGACAGUAUGCGCGACGCCAAGAAAAGAAACAAGGAAGAGGAAACUGGAACCCUUCCUAUGGGAACAACUUUAACCGACGCGCCAACUACAAGAAGAAGCGCGAAACUCCCAUUGCUUACGCCCACACAACUAACCCAGGCAAAAUGGACCUGGAUGCAACAAAGAAGGGCGAAGGAAAAUGCUUCAACUGCGGAAAGUUGGACAUUUCUCACGAAAUUGCAAGCAACCUCGCAAGGAGAAGAAAGUUCACUGGGCCCCAGCCCCAGAAGGUAAGAGACACCUGA